ACGCUACAGAACGGUCAAGAAAUAUAAUGUGUGCAAAGAUGUCUGCUUAGGAAGACACGGCGACGUCCGCCCCCAAGGGCAAUCGGCACAAUGGCAACCUUUCAUGAUGUAUUCCUAGCUACGGCUAUCUCGCUUUCUCUAUUGGACGGAUUUAUUUAUCACAUAGAAGACUCGUAUACCAAACUCUACGAUGGAGCUGGACCUUUGGAGCGAAGAUUUUCAACUGGCCAGGGAAUGGGGGCUGGAAAUGCCAGUCGUCCAGACCGAUGGCCAGUUCGGUGACCUCAAAUCAACCAGUCGUCAUGGUGGCGACGAAUCUCUAAGUUUGCAGCCCCAGGGCGCUACACUGAAGUUGGAACCCUUUGAGGAAGAUGUCCUUGGUGCAGAGUGGAUGGAGUCGUCCGAUCUCGGCUCUUUUCUGGAUGCUUUGGGUGACAACCAUGAGCGGCUGCAUCCGUUCGAGUCAAACUUGCUCGAGUUCACUUCUCUGAUCACUCCUGAUGAUUCGACGGUGUCAAAGGACAUUCUCAGCUCAACUCUUCAGUUUCCAACUCAACCAGUGAACAUCCCUUUAUAUGCAAGUCAUGGGGCCGAAGAUUUCUCUGCAGAGACUGAGUUUGAGAACCACCUGUCGCCUCCAGAUUCUCCGGAGCAGGUAGCCCCUGUCAUAAAUCUAGAACCAGUUGAACUCACUGCGAGCCAUAUGACGGUGAUCUCACCUGAUGGCUUGUUGGGUGGCAUGGAACUGGCUUCAGAAAGCUUAACAUUUACCGAACUAGACUUUGUGAACUUCAAUGACAGUGCUGUUGGUUCAAUUGGCGGUGCUGAAGAACUUCUUGGCUCCCCACUGUCAGUUGAUGAUGUGGAAAGUACAAUAUCAUUUUCAGGUCCAUCGUCGCCAGAAACCAGCCAGAGCAGCAUCAUUGAAUCAAGUCCUGAAUUGUACAAAGUUAUCUCUACCUCGUCCAUUGAUGCAUCUAAGCGUUUCUCUCCAUACUCUCGUUCCUCCAAGUCCAAGCAAUCUGUCAAGACUUCAGACGCUAAGGCACCUCGUAAAACGAGGACACCGGCGCAGCCUGUGCCAGAACAUGUCAUCAUGGAACAUUUGGACAAAAAGGACAGAAAGAAGCUUCAGAACAAGAAUGCUGCCAUUAGGUAUAGGAUGAAGAAGAAGGGGGAGGCUCAGGGCAUCAAAGGGGAGGAACAGGAAUUAGAAGAACUCAACACAAAGCUUAAGACUAAGGUCGAUGACUUGCAAAGAGAAAUCAAGUACAUGAAAAAUUUAAUGGAAGAUGUUUGCAAGGCGAAAGGUAUUCAGCUUAAAUAGUGGGAAGGGU